AAGCCAGUUUGACUUUACUAGUUACUCGAGUCAGUUCGCCGAGGCACGGCGUCGCGGUACGUUCGUCCGCCAUCUUGUUUUACGAAAUUCCGUGCAUUCAAUUAAAAAUAAACCGUACGUGUAGUGAAGUGUGUGUUAAAAACUAUAACGGAGGUUUCCAUAGUUUCGUUAUUUACACAAGUGUACACGAAGCCUUAUGUGAAAACAAUGACUCAGUGAACGGCCGAUCGUGAAACGAAAAACGACAUUAAAUAUAUAACAUUCGAAAUUCAAAAGAAAGUAACCGAACAUUCCAUACGACUAACGCAUAACCAAUAAAAGUUGCCAUAUUAACAUAUAACAAGCUUUUGUAAUUAUAGUUAAAAAAUAAAGUUCAGAGUAAUCGCGGAUAAUUUAAGUAAAAAUUGUGUCAAGAGCAAUAAGUGUGUGUCAAGGGGUCUCAACUUUCCUUUUGCGGAGUUGACUGGAUGACAUCGACGAUAAAAUAGUGGUGAAUCGUUUAAAAGUGACCUCGGCUACUACACGGGAUUGUGAAGCGAUUUUGGCGGAUCUCUUCAUAAUACCUCGUGUUUGCACCGCGGCAGGUUAUAAAGGACCUAUAAUUAAAAAAAAAACCGCUGACCCCUUAACGACCUAAAAAAAGUGUUCGAAAUUUAAAAGUGCUAUGAAGUGUUGAUAUGUCGACUCAAGCGUAUUACAAGGAGCGCCUCGGGUUCGACCCGCAGGAGGCUAUGCAAGAUGGCGUCAACGGCGGCUACUACGACGGCCCUCAUCAACCGAAACGUCACCGUGGUGACGUCAAGGAGUCCCACGAUCAAGUAUACGAGGAAAAUUUGACUAAAUUCAAAGAUGAGCGGGACGCGAUACAGAAGAAGACAUUUACGAAAUGGGUCAACAAACAUCUUAAAAAGGUGAACCGUCACGUGAAUGAUCUGUUCGAAGACCUGCGAGAUGGCCUCAAUCUCAUCUCACUGCUGGAGGUGCUAUCUGGCGAACACCUCCCGCGUGAGCGAGGUCGUAUGCGCUUCCACAUGCUGCAGAACGUCCAAAUGGCGUUGGACUUUCUCAGGUACAAGAAAAUCAAGCUCGUCAACAUCAGAGCGGAGGACAUCGUGGACGGGAACCCGAAACUGACACUGGGGCUCAUAUGGACCAUAAUCCUGCAUUUCCAGAUAUCAGACAUCGUAGUUGGUCAAGAACCGAAUGUAACGGCUCGGGAAGCCUUACUUAGCUGGGCACGACGAUCGACAGCCAAGUAUCCGGGUGUUCGAGUGGCAGAUUUCACGUCGUCUUGGCGAGACGGCCUCGCCUUCAACGCGCUCAUACACAGGAACCGUCCUGAUCUGAUAGACUGGCGUAAUAUCAGAUCAAGACAAGUCCGUGAGCGUUUGGAGACAGCUUUCCACGUGGUUGAGAAGGAGUAUGGCGUCACCAGGUUGCUGGACCCUGAAGAUGUCGACACGCACGAGCCCGAUGAGAAGUCCCUCAUCACUUACAUCUCGUCUCUGUACGAGACGUUCCCCGAGCCGCCGGCGGUGCACCCGCUCUUCGACGCGGAGUCCCAGCGCCGCGCCGCCGCCUACACCGAGCAAGCCGCGCAGCAUCGCGCUUGGCUGCAUGAGAAGUGCUCGCUGAUGCAGGACCGUGCUUUCCCGUCAACUUUGAUCGAAAUGAAAAAGUUGCUAAGUGAGAGUACGCGAUUCCGCAACGAAGAGGUGCCGCUGCGGCAACGCGAGAAGCAGAAGCUGUUCCAUCAGUAUCGCGAGUUAGAGAAAUAUUUCGAGUCGGUAGGCGAGAUCGAAGUUGAACCAACAUUGCGCCCUGAAGCGCUGGAACAGGCGUGGGCGCGGCUCUUGAUGGCGGCGCAGGAAAGAGAACGAGACCUGUCGGAUGAGAUUCGGCGUCUCGAGCGCUUGCAGCGCUUAGCGGAAAAAUUACACAGAGAUAUAAAACAAACGGAAGGCGGUCUCGACAACGUAGAAAGGCAUAUCGAAAGUGAAAUUCGUCGUGUCGAACGCGGCGUUCAUCCCGCCGAAGCGAAGAUGGCCGCGGAGCAGAUAGAGCAGGAACUCCGCACCAUGGAGCACACGAUACAGGAGAUGUUCCAAGACUCGCACGCUCUGAGGGAAGGGCGGUAUCCUCAAGCCAGUGACUUACAUAGGCGAGUGCAACAAGUGCACGACCGCUGGCUGAACGCGCGGCAGUCGUUCACGGGCCGCCUGCUGCCGCGCCUGUCGUCCGUGCGGCUGCCCGUGCAGCAGACCACCGUGCGCCGCGAGACGCGCACCGUGCUGGAGACCCGAGUGCACGACACCGACCCCAAGUUCCAGCAGCUGCAGGAGGCCACCCGCUGGUGCAAGGAGAGAUUGAAAAAACUACACGAAGCCGACUACGGUUCAGACCUGCCGUCGGUGCAACACGAGUCCGACAAGCACCAACGAGAGCACAAACAAAUUGAUCAGUUCCAUUCAAAGGUGGAGCAAUGCGUGCACAACCGAUCGAAUUUCAACGGCGAGGAGCUGAAUCUUUACAAUCAACACUUGAAUCAAUUGCAGAAACUUUAUGCUGAACUUCUAUCAACUAGUACUAAACGAAUGUCCGAAUUGGAUGCCCUACAAGAGUUCCUGCAAUCAGCCACCGCGGAGCUUAACUGGCUCAACGAGAAGGAGCAGGUGGAACUGUCACGAGACUGGGCAGAUCCCCACAUCAACUUGCCGGCUGUACAGCACUAUUACGAGCAACUGAUGUCGUCGCUCGAGAAACGGGAAUUACAAUUCAGCAAUGUAAUCGACCGCGGAGAGGCACUCAUCGCUCAACAUCACCCGGCGAUGAAGACUAUUGAAGCCCAUUUGCAGGUGAUGCAGUCACAAUGGGCUUGGGUACUCCAGCUUACCCUGUGUCUGGAGACACAUUUAAAACACACUACACACUACCACAACUUCUUCGAACAAAUCAAGGAGGCGGAGAAGUGGAUCCAGAAACGCGAAGAAGCACUGAACACAACAUUCUCGCAAUCGGAGUUCACGCUGGACCAGGGCGAGCGCCUGCUGAAGGGCAUGCAGGACCUUCGCGAGGAGCUGAACCAGCAGGGCGGCGCCGUGUCGCGCCUCGUGGAGGACGCGCAGGAGGUGCGCCCCGUCAAGCUGCGCCGCGCGCCCGUCGCGCGCCCGCUGCGCGCCGAGACCGUCUGCGCCUACAAGCACGCCAACGUGGCAAUAGAGAAGGGGUCGGCGGUGACGGUGGUGGACAACUCUGGGCGCAGUCGCUGGCGCGUGCGCGUGGGUGGCGCGGGCACGGAGGUGCAGCUGCCGGGUGCCGUGCUGGCGCUGCCGCCGCCCUGCCAGGACGCGCUCGACGCCGCCGCCGCGCUGCGCAACGCGUACGACCGGGUCAUACAACUAUGGCAGAGGAAACAAUUACGGAUGAGACAGAAUAUGAUCUUCGCCACCAUCAAAGUGGUGAAAGGAUGGGACUUCCCACAAUUCGUAGCAAUGGGCGCGGAACAACGACAGGCGAUCCGUCGAGCGCUCAACGAGGACGCAGAGAAGCUACUGGCGGAGGGAGACCCCGCCGACCCUCAGCUGAGGAGGCUGAGGCGGGAGAUCGAUGACGUCAACAGACUCUUUGACGAGUUCGAAAGACGGGCCAGAGCUGAAGAGGACUCCAAAAAUGCAGCACGAAUAUUUACCGAACAGUCUUCGAAUUUACUGGAACGGCUGGAAGUAUUCGAACGACAGCUGCACGAACGCAUCGCGAGUCACAUCCCACGGGACCUGGACUCACUUGAGCACCUGGUACUACAGCAUAAGGACUGGGAGAGCAGCCUGCAUACUUUGUCGUCUGAUAUUGAGGAAGUGCAGGCGACAUUUAGAGGCAUCGCCCUUAAGACUCCUGCUAUGAAAAAGAAUCUCGACAAAGUAAUGGGAAAAUGGAACGAUAUGCAAUCAAAGAGUCAACUAUUCGUUGAAAGGUUAAAGUUCGUCGAAAUUGUCGUAAACAGUAUAGAAGAAAACAAUCAAACGAUUUCCGAAUUCGAGAUCAAACUAGCUCAGUUCAACGACCUGCCCAAUGAUGUGGAACUUCUGAAAGAUAUCCACGAGGACCUCCUCCGCAUGCAAGUGGCGGUGAGCAAGCAGCAGAUCCAGGUGGACCAGAUGAACGACGACGCGGAGAACUGCCGGCGCCUCGUGGAGAGCUCGCGCGCCGCCCUGCCGCACGCGGCGCGCGGCAAGCAGCCCGACCUCGAGCGCCUCGACAAGGAGGUGGCGCAGCUCAACGCGCGCUGGGGGCACGUGUGCGGCCAGCUCGCCGAGCGGCUCCGAAGCUGCGAAGCGGCGUACCAACUCCUGCGCAACUACAACGCGGGUCUCGAAAAAGAGGCGGAGUGGAUCGAUGACGCGUACAGCAAGUUGCAAGCGCAGCCUCCCAUCGAGGUGCGACCCAAGGAACAGCUGGAGCCUACCAGGAAUCUGUUGACGGGUGUCGUGGAGAGGACGCCAAAGAUUGAGAAAGUUAACGUAGACGGCGGAAGAUUCAUUCGAGAGGCGAAGAUACACUCGUCGAGAUGUCAGCGUUACGUGGAAUGGAUCUGCGAGGAGAUCCACCCGUCCCUCGACACGAGACAGCUGAAGCGGCAGGCGGACGUGGAACUCGCGGAACGGUUAAGGAACCGAGGCCGAACGGAUGUGGUACCCGGCGUGGAACCUAUUCUAUCUGGCGCUGAAGCCGUAGCCAGGGAGCUGGACGAGUUGAAUGCGAAACACCAGAGGCUUCUGGACUUGUUAUAUGAGAGACUGAGGAGGAUAGCUGCCGCCAAUCCUGGAGAUAUUGUCACAUUGCGCCUCGUUGAGGCAAUGGCGCCUCGCUCAGCGCGAUCCUUCCGCCAAGAAUUCAACAUGCAGGACCUUGCGACAACAGAGCACACGUAUACUUCACAUUUUACUUCUGAAAAAUACGUCAGAACGUCACAUUCAACAGAGAUCGAUGGUCACGCACCGAUUAAAUCAAUGACUAAUGGCAAACUGAGCUCACCGAGCUACACAACUAAGACUAUCAUCGGAGAUGACGAACGACCUGAUAUAAGAAAUCUAAAACGUGUUCACAAAAUGUAUGAAGGUCCUAAUAUCAUAGAAUCCAGAGGCAUCGUCCACCCUGAAACUCGAGAAAUACUAACAGUUGGCCAGGCGAUAAGCAUGCGGAUAUUGGACGUACGAACGGGAAGACUUUUGUCUUCUCCUAACACAAAACAAACUAUUAGCAUUGAACAAGCAGCCAAGGAAGGUCUUAUUGAUCCCAAAUUGGCUGCCAGAUUAACUGGACCCUGCGGCAUGACAGAAGAUGGCAACGAAGUUACAUUGUUAGAAGCAAUCCAACGAGAGCUCUAUGAUGCAGAACAAGGACUGACAGAUCCUGCGGAAAAGAGAAUUAAGGUGACUGUCGAGGGUGAAAGAGCCAACCAAGGAAUGAGUAUAUCGGACGCACUAAAUCGUGGUCAAGUCGACUUACAAAGAGGUCUCUAUAGGUUACCCAAUGGAAGCUACAUUUCAAUCGCAGAAGCCUACCAACGAGGAUAUCUUAUCUAUAAUGAGAUUAUUAAAAUUAAAUCGAGUGCUUUAUCUUUAUCAGAUGCAAUUAGCCAAGAAUUAGUAGAUCAAAGUGGUUGGAUUUUGGAUAGGAAUUCGGGUGAUAGAUUUCAAUUAGAAGUUGCUAUUAAAAAUGAAUUAGUUAAUCCAAAUAUAAGAGAGGUCGUAGAUCCCAAAAAUGACACAAAGAUAACACUUGCUCAGGCGAUAGAGAAAAAUAUUAUAAAUACAAAACAUUCUAAAUAUGUACACAACAUGACAAAAGAGAAAAUGACUUUUAAAGAAGCCGCCAAUAAACGUUUUAUUUGCAAACCAAUGACACUUAAAGAUAUUUGUGAUAAUAAUUUGAUGACGAACGAUGGUAAAAUUUUAUCCCCGACAAAUAGAACACCUCUUAAUAUUUUAGAAGCUAUAUCCGCGGGCGUGCUCGAUAGCGAUACUAUUAAAUGUGUCACUGAUACUACAACUGGUCAAUUACUUACUUUGUCUGAGGCAUUAGGAACUAGAAUAAUUCUUCAUGAUAAUAAAUUUCGCGAUAAUUUAACAGGUGAAAUUUGUACCAUUCCAGAAGCCGUAGAUAGGGGUCUAAUUACUUCCGUAUCACAAAGAUCCAUUUUCGACAUAGACGGAUUCAGGGAUCCGAAAACUGGUGAAUUUAUUUCAUUUAAUUCAGCACUAAGUAAAGGUUAUUUAAAAUAUGUUAACGGUGAAACUUUCUUAAAAUCUGAAAGUGGCGAUUUUGUAUUUUUAGAAGAUUGUCCCAAAGUUUCAAUAGUUCGUCCGGAAGUGUUAGAAAUGUUUAAUCGCAAAAUUGGGGUAUUCGAAAAUGAAAAAGAAUUGUCGGUUCUAGAUGCAGUAUUCAAAAAUGUUCUUGAUCAAAAGUCAGGGUAUCUCCUUGAUUCUAGUAACAAAAAACCUAUACCUUUUAAUAAAGCCGUUGAAAUUAAUAUGAUUACUCCGGAAGGAGCUGCGUUGUUGAAUUCCCUUUUAAAUAUCACGUUAACUCUCCAAACAGUAACAAAAACUGUAAAAAGGUAUGUGACUGUAACGAAUACGUCGAAUAGAUCCGAAACGAUCAUAACAUUUGCCGAAGCAAUACGUCGCGGUCUUAUAGAUGAAUCUACUCAAACUUUUACUGAUCCCACGACCGGUACCGUUUUUCCCAUUCAACAAGCCUUAGACGAAGGACUAUUAGGUGUCGAUCAAAAUGAUCCACAUAUAGCUCGCCUUUCUGAUCGCGUAACAAAGAAUGAAUUGAUCCCUGGUCAAGUAGUAGAGUUAAAAAUUACCAAAAAAUCUUUUAUUAAAGACUUACCCCCCAGUCCAGAGAGUAAAUUACACCAAGAUAAUAGGCCCGAGACUGUCAAGAGUCCCGAUUACAUAAUGAAUCGUGAAUCUGUCCAACCUCGUGAAAUAAUAACUCGUCGAGUAAAAACUGUUACGUCAAAAUCAAAUGUUUCUGAUCCUUCAAUAACAUCUCUUACUAUUAAGAAAAAUACCAUAGAACUACCGCUAGGUGGCUGGACUCUUCAAGAAGCAAUUCAGCAAAACUUUUUCAAUCCAGAAACGGGAAUGUUUAUUAUUCAUGGUACUGACAGAAUUUUAGAUCUUAAAGAAGCUAUAAUGCUUAACAUCAUUAAUCCAGAAUCUGCUUAUGUAAUAGAGCCAAAGUCCAGAAAAGAAUUACCUAUUCAUAGGGCUUUAGAAUAUCACAUCAUAGAUAAGACGGGACAUUAUACAAAUGGCAAAGAAGUGCUGACAAUGGGACAAGCAAUUGAACAAAGAUAUAUCGUCUGUGUUUCAAUUACAAAAACAACAUCAACCCAAAAAGUUAUCACAGUUACCUCAAUAGCAGGCAUGCCUGAUAAAAUGGAAAUUUCCGAACUGAUCCGAGAUUCACCUGUACCUGACUAUGAUGAACAAAAUAUUUUAGAGCCAGUACAAAUUGCACCUGGCAUUAUUUAUGAUCCUGGUACAGCUUUAGUUAUAUCCACUACUUCAGGAGUUUCAGAAAAUAUCAUCGAAGCUGUAGAUCGCGGUUUAGUACCAGCUAAUAAAGUGCAUGUAAUGGAUCCGGAAACUACUACCCAGAUUACAUUAAAACAGGCUAUAGAAAAAGGAAUUAUAGAUACAAACUUAGGUGAAUACAAAACCACAUCAGGUAAAAGUAUAAGUCUUGCAGAUGCCACAAAGGUAGGUCUCAUAGCAGUAAUAGGUUCACCUCUAGUUGCUGCAUCUAAGAUAAUUCAAGUUGUUAGGAGUACUAUGGUAGUUGACCCGAACACAGGUGAGGAGUUACCUAUGGAAGUAGCUUAUGAAAGAGGACUUGUAGAUCCAGUUACUUACAAAAAUUAUGAAGAUUCCAUUACAAGUAAAACACCAGAAUUAGAUAUUACUGAAUCAAAGGAUAAAGAAUUUAAUUCAGAUAACAGCAUAGUCUCGAUUUCGAAGUUAAAGUCAACGACGAUUUUAGAUCCCUUCACCGGAGAAAAAUUGACAAUAGAAGAAGCUAAUAAAAAGGGUCUCGUGGACCCUGCUACAUAUAAAAAAUAUAAAGAAUCAUUGAGUGAUUUUGCUGAGAUUAAAAUGCAACAAGAAAAUGUAAUAAAUGAAGCUGGUUCUAGUGAAACAAAAUUGACGCAAUUACCAAACAAACCUAUAUCGGUUGGAGCAGCUGUGUCGGAAGGCUUUAUAACUGUUGAAUCUAUUCAAAGUAGUCUUACAGCUGAUAACAGAAAAAUGGCGGAUAAUGUAACAAAGGACAAAACUUUACAUAAGCCUGAUACCAUACAACUAAGUAAAGAUCAAGUCUUAGCUAAACCAUUAUAUAGUGUCGAAAUCAAGGACCGUAAAACCUCUACACCUUCAAUUGACAUUAAACCUGUUGUUUUACAAAAACUUAGAAAGCAUGUUGUUAUGCCUAAGGAAGCAAUUGAAAUGGGUUUGAUUGACAAAGAUACCGCGCAAAUCUUAGAUACUAUUAAAACAUAUAUAGAUGAUAAAGGUAAUCAAGUAACACUAGAAAAAGCUAUUGAAAUCGGACUUAUAGAGGAGAAUAAAGGUAAUAUUAUAGAUCCAGUACAUGGAGAUAAUAUUACAAUCAAAGAAGCUUUACGUCGAGGUUUAUUAGAUCCUGAGGGACAAAAUGAAAUAUUAAUACCGUUAGCUAAAAGUCUUGCGAUUCCAGAAGUUCUUGAACAAGGGUUAUUACACCCUACAUCAGGAAAAAUUAUCCACCCUGAAACAGGAAGUCAUUUGUCAUUAAGAGAGGCAAUUAUUUGCGAUAUUGUCGACCCAUUAUCAUCGGUCACUAUUGCUCCAGGCAAAACUAUAUGUCUGCAUGAAGCUAUUGCAAAAAAUAUUAUUGAUAGUGAGAACAACAUUGUAAGAACGUCCAACGGUUCACUUGAUUUAAUCACAGCAGUAAAUGCUCAAAUAUUUCCCAAUCCCAAAAUAAAUUCUGCAAAAGAAAUUUCUCCUGCUGGGAUGACACUAUCAGUUGCAAUAAAACAAAAUAUUGUUAAUUCAAAGACGGGUGAAAUAAAACAUCCUCUCACGGGAAAAAGUAUUAGUCUCAAUCAGGCUAUUGAAAAAGGUAUAAUCAUGAAUAUUCCUUACCCACAAUCGACCGCAACGAUUUCUAUAGAAAGGGCUAUAAAAGAUGGCAUUAUUGAUUUAGAAAAUGGAGUUAUCAUUGACCCAAAAACGAACGAAAAAAUUUCUGUAGACAAGGCCUUAGAAAAAGGUAUAAUAGCAGUAAUACUUAAUAAAGAUAUUAGUGAAACAGGAGGUAUAGUCACAACAAUAACAGAAACUUUUACUUCCCAACAUACCGUUACAACUAAAAUGGUAGAACUUUUAGCGGAUUAUGUUUUGAUAAAUGCUAAUGAAGUAAAAAAUACAAAAACAGGCGAAAUAAUGUCAAUAGAAGAAGCUCGAAGCAAAGGGAUUAUCAGAGAUGAACAAACGAGCAAAGAACAAUUUAUUACUAAUGACACAAAUAUUACUUUUGAAGAUGCUUUGAAUCUUGGUUAUAUAGAUUUAAACAAAGGUACUUUUACAAAUCCACAAACAGGAGAGACUAUUUCAAUUGCAGAGGCUGUUACCACUGGCAUAUUAAAAACAGAAACAUCAGAUGCUCUACCAACUGACGGUAAGGAAAAACAAAGCAUGGAAAUGCUUGACCUUAAUGAAGCCUUUGAAUUACUUUUUGAUGAAAGAACUCAAAAGUUCCGAGACCCAACAGCACCAAAUAACGUGAUUACAUUCACUGAAGCCUUACAGAAAAACAUAAUUAACCCUGAAUCAGUUAUUUAUAAUAUUGAAGCUGGUAAAGCAACAACAUUACAAGAAGCUUUAAAUACAGGAUUUUUAGAUAAGACUACUGGUAAAGUUAGAGAACCGGAAACUGGAAACACUGUUGAUAUUAAAAAAGCAGCUAAGAUGGGUAUAAUUGCAGUCGUUGCUGCCCCAGUUUUAGCAGGAAUGGCAGUUGUUGAAGGAGCAAAAAUUUUGGGCAGCAAAUUAACACAAUCUAAAAAUGAGGAAAAACGUAUCACUACUACUAUUGCACAAACUAUUAUACCAGAAAAAGAAAUGAUCGCUUCAAAGAAAAACAAAGCAUCGUCAAUAGGACAAGAACAACCUCCUUCAAAUAAAUCCAAAACAAAUAAAUAUCCUCAAACGGAUCAUUCACCUACUGAGAGUUAUAUAAGAGCAGACGAGGACACAGCCUCAUUAGGUACAAAAGAAAAUAAAAAAAUGCAUGAUAUUAAAGACGUCGCUCAAACAAAAUCAGUUAUUCGACCCAAUAACAAAAAAUAUGAAGUUGAAAUGAAAGAGGAUUCUAGUAAUGUUCAAAUUAUGACAGAAGCAAUAUCGAUUGUUUCUGAGUCGCCACAACAACAAUUAAUCGAUGAACUCUCUAAGGUUAGGAACGAUAAUCAAAAAGAACCCGGUGAUGUGAAGUCUUCAAAACAAAACAUCGAUAAAGGCUUACUCCCUGAUAAAAACACUAUGAAAGAGCAAAUAGAACUCUCCAGUAAUUCCGAAGAAUUGCCUGAUGAAUCAAAAGCUCCCAAGGACAUCAAACCUAGUUUGGUAAGUAAAUCUAAAAUUGAUAUCAUGCAAGAAAAGCCAACAAUUCAAGAAUUUAAACAAGUUACACCAGAUGGCAAAGAAGUGACUACUGUUGUCAAGACCACUAUUUCAAAAACUGACCCUGCUAAAUAUGUAACUGAACAUCAUGGUACUACCAUAACUACAGCGUCACAAAUAACUACGAUUGAAGUUACUCAAAAUGCAUCUUCAUCUUACACUGUUGUUGAACAAUAUGAAAGUGAACCUUUGGAACAAAAGCAACAAACUAAAACUAUCGAACCUCUUGAUGAAAUAGACAAAGCUGUUAAAAAUGUCGACAAAUCAUUACCAGAAAAAACUUAUGAAAAAGUAGCAAAAUCUAUCGAAAUGGAAAAACCUAGUAAUGAUAAUAUGACUAAAGAAAACAAAAUAUUACCGAUUCAAGGCAAAAAUCAACCUGAAGAAUCACCAGAGAAAUCUAGUAUUCUUAUUCCAAAAGAAAAUAAAAAGGAUAUGUCAGUUAGCAGUUUGGAGUGUAAUGACAUAGUAACUGCUCUUAAUGAAGGGUUAAUUGGCUCCGAAUCAGUAAUAAUUACAGACCCUACAUCAAGACAGCAAAUUUCAUUGAAGGAAGCUUUGAACAGAGGAAUUGUCAAUGAAAAUAUGAAUGAAAUUGUAAGCGAUAGUGGACAAAAAAUGAGCUUUGCUAAUGCGGCUAAAAUGGGUUUAAUAGCAAUUGUAGGAGCACCUGUUUUUGCUGCAUCCAAAGUUGUCGAACUAGUAAAGGACAGCGUUAGUUCGGAUUCGACGGCUGUAAAAUCGAAAGAUAUAGAGUUACAGCAAGAUUCAAAAGGCGAUAAGGAAUUAAAGGCCAAGGAUAAACAAAUUGAAAUACCAUCUAAAUCAGACACAAAUGAUUCCCAUUUAACUAUUACUACAAAAGAGGAUAGUAAAAUUUCAGAAACAGCUCAAAAACUUGAUAAGAAAACUUUGAUCGACCGAUCUGAAUCGAAUCAACCUUCAGUUGAUGAUGGAAAAACUAUGUCAGCGUUAUUAAUAGACUCUGAAAAGCAACCCUUAAGAAGUAUUGACGAAAUUACUGAACAAAAUGUCACAAAAGUUAAAUCCGAACCACUAAAAUUAAUAUGUGAAAAUAUUACUUUAAUAGACGCAAUCGCUCAAGGAAAAAUUGAACCAAAAGUCUGCAGGAUAAUUAUUAAUGGCGUAGAAUCACCACUGACUGUUCAGGAUUCGUUAGAACAAGAGCAAAUAAGUAGAUUUGCUCCUGUAGAUGUAGUUUCUAAAAAUUGUAUUAUUGUUAAAGAACAUAAACCUAAAUAUUCAUUAUCUAUUUCACAAAAACUUACACCUGAGGAACUCUCUGAAAUGGGUGUUUAUGAUAUAGAAAAACAAAUAUUUUUAAAUCCAAAAACCGGUGCUAAAAUUUCAUUUGAAGAACUAGUUUACGGACUUCACGUUUUUGACCCGGCGACAAUUUUAGUUAAAGAUUUGAAUAGCAAAUCCGACGAUUAUAUUUCCUUUGACGAAGCUAUUUCGCGACCUAUUAUUGAUAAGACAAGUGGCCAUAUGGUUAACCCUAAAACAGGUAAGCGCGUAUCCUUCUUAGAGUGUGUUCAAAUAGGAUGGAUUGUAGAAACACCAGAGGAUGUUUCCGUUCAAGAACAGGUAACCGUUGAAUCAGCUUUUGAACAAGGUUUAUACGACCCAAAAACGGGAGAAAUUAAAGAUAUUAAUACAGGUGAACUUGUACCUAUUGGUGAAGCAGUUCAGAAAGGCCUUAUCGAUCAAGAAUCUUUGCUAAUUAGGGUCCCCCAAACUAACGAAGUUAUUACUUUGUCAGACGCUAUUGAACGAGCAAUUGUAGAAAUACGUGGCGGAAUAAUAACUAUAAUUGAAACUCAGGAAAUAAUUGAAAUAUCUGUUGCUAUUCAACGUGGUCUAAUAACUAUUUCUCGACGAGCAAUAUCAAUCGAAGCCGUAAUUCAUGAAAAUAUGUACGAACCCAAUACCGGUAAAAUAAUAGAUAAAGUUACUGAUCAGUUACUAGCGAUCGACGAAGCAGUAGAAAGAAAUAUUGUCCAUCCUACUAUUUCUGAAAUUAAAGAUACGGUUUUAGAAAAAUAUGUGCCACUAUCUGAAGCUCUUGAUACAAAACUAAUAAAUCCUGAAACUGGCAAAAUAAAAGAUCAAAAGACUGGAAAAUACAUUCCAUUAGACGAUGCAUUAAAGAAGGGUCUAAUAGCCACAAAAGCAGUUACCUUUUCUUUACUCGAUGUAAUUGAAUUAGGUUACUACUCACCAGAUACUUGUAAAAUUUUAAAUCCACGAACUGGCGAAACCGUUACACUGAGAAAAGCUAUUCAAGACAAACUCAUUGAUCCCUCAAAUAUUAAAAUUAAAGAUGAUAAGUUAGACACAGUAGUUUCCUUUGAACAAGCUGUCAAAACAGAUUUGUUAGACUUAGACCGAGGAAUUAUAACAUCACCCCAAAAUAACCUUAAAGACGCAUGCGAAAAAGGUUAUAUAAUCAGUGACAAAAAACCAUGGUCAUUACAAGAAGGUUUAGUUCAAGGCUUUUACGACCCUGAAACUGGCUUGUUAACAAUUAAUAAUGUUACUAUGACUCUAGACGAUGCAAUAAAAAUUGGUAAUAUCAACCCAGAAGCCUUAACGGUCCGAAAUUCAGUUACCGGGGAAAUCAUUUCUCUUGGAGAUGCAAUUAAAGCAGGUAUUAUUGAUUCAAAAGAAGGUAAAGUAACAGACCCUAUUCAAGGUGAUAAAAUUUCUCUCACUGAUGCUUCUGAACGUGGAUUAAUAGUUCCAGCUAAACGAAAACUUAGCUUACCAGAGGCUGUAUUCAAAGGUUUCUAUGAUCCUAAAACUGGUAAAUUCUCCAACCCACAAAAUAAAGACAAAAUGCCAACAGACAGAGCAAUAAGAAAACGUAUGUUAGACCCGCAAUCCACCCUAGUGCAUGUAGGCGGUAAAGUAAUUCCAUUUGAAUUUGCGGUAGAUAAAGGUAUAGUUGACGGUAGGACUGGUACAAUUUUGGUAGGAGCAGAAAGAGUAGACUUUAGGGAAGCUUUUGAAAGAGGUAUUUUAGUGGAAGUUCGCAAACCGCUAUCAUUAAUGGAAGCAAUCGAAAAAGGCGUUUAUAAUGAAAUCACGGGUCUCUUCAUGGAUCCUCAAAGCGGCAAAAAAUAUACACUUGCGGAAGCUAUUAAAAAACAUUUAAUUGAUCCACACUCCGUACAUAUUCAAGACAAUAGGCUUGGUAAAUGGGAUAAAAUUACAUUACCGGAAUCAAUAGAAACAGGUGUAAUCGACGAUAAAUCGAGUAAAAUUAAAAAUAUUAACAAUGACAAUGAAGAAAUAAGUCUUAUGAAAGCUUUCGAAAUAGGAUUACUCGUUGAUAGCAAAGCACCUAUUAGCAUACAGCGAGCACUUCAUCAAGGACUGUAUGACGAUUCCACCGGUAAAAUUAUUGAUCCAGUAACUACACGAAAAAUUACUUUGCAUGAAGCAAUCAGACGAUCUAUAAUAAGUCCAAAAUACCUCUGCUAUUUUGACAAAAAAUCUGAAAAACCCUUAUCGUUAUCUGAAUGCUGUCGUAGUGAUAUUGUUGACAAAAGAAAUGGUAAAUUUAAUGAACCUGGGUCUGAUGUACCUAUAACACUUUCCGAGGCCAUGAAUUUGGGUCUCAUAGUCGAUAUUGAAAGUGCCGGUUUCUCUUUAUACGAAGUCUUAGCAAUGAAUAUGUAUGAUAUAACUGAGCUUAUGUUUAUUCAUCCUGUAACAGAACGAAAAAUUUCUCUUAAAACUGCUAUUUCUGAAGAACUAGUAAAUCCAGAAAAUUCAUUUAUUAAAAAUAUUCCCUCUAGUAAAUAUAUCAAUUUAACCGAAGCUAUUAAAGUCGGCAUUAUAGACGAAAAUAACAGUAUUUACAUUCUUCCUAAUGGAAAUCAAAUUAAUUUAUUAGAUGCUAAGCAUCGCGGCCUCAUUGUAACAUCAAAGAAAAAUCUUAGUCUUGAAGAAAUCAUAAAGAAUGGUCUCUUUAGAGCAGACAAUGGUAAAAUUGUUGACCCUAAUACUAACGAAUUUAUAGAUAUCAAUAAAGCAAUCGAAACUAAUCUUAUUAAUCCAGAUAUCACAGUCGUUAAAGAUAGUUCUACGAAUAAAUUUAAACCACUUAUUAACGCGAUUCAUGAAGGUGACGUUGAUGUUACAAAAGGUAGGGUUUUAGAUACUAAAGCAAAGAAAACAUAUAGCUUAGAUAUUGCAUUCGAUAAAGGUUUACUUGUUACGGUCAUUCAACCUAUAACUUCACAAAAGAUUUCUAGACGAUACAUUUCUGACACUUCUUCGCCUAAAGAAACAGUGUUGCGAGAGUUUACUCUAGAUGAAGCAAUUAAGUAUGAAUUUAUAAAUCCCGAAACAGCUUUAAUAAAAGAUCCACAAAAAAAUAAGUAUAUUCCUUUGAAAUCUGCUAUAAGUAAAGGUAUUAUUGAUAGUAACGCUAAAGGACUGUUUGAUUCACAAAGUAGGUCGCGUACACUGUGUUUUGUUUUUGAAAACGGAUUAAUAGUUUAUGUUAGGGAACCUUUAACGUUUGAGCAAGCAAUUGAGGAAGGUCAUCUUAAUAUAACAACUGCACGCUUUACUGAUCCUCAAUCCAACGAUGUGUUAACUAUUAAAGACGCAGCCAUUUUGGGCUAUAUCGAUCCGGACACGGCGCUCAUUAAAGAUAAUCUUAAAAAAAGGCUAGUAAAGCUUCCUGAAGCUUUCCGUAAAGGGCUAAUGGACGCUGAAAAGGGUAACAUAUUAGACACCGAGACCUCUAAGCUCAAUACAUUAAGCGUUGCAAUUGAAAAUGGACUUCUCAUGACACCAAAAAAGAGUUUUACUCUAAUAGAAACGUUAAAUUUCGGUAUUUAUAAUCCAACAACUGGUGCAUUAAAUGAUCCUUUCAUUACAACAAGUGUGAUGGAUCGAAAACGCUUAACAUUAGGCGAAGCAAUUCAUCAAGGUAUCGUUGAUCCGUCAAGUACCGUGGUAAAAGAACCGGAAACGGGAAAGAUAUGGCCAUUAGUACAAGCAAUAGAACAACAGCUUGUGAACCCAGUGGAAGGGAGACUGGUGAUCGAUCCAAAGAAAGGAAUCAGUCUCGAUUUAGUCAAAGCUUUGAAAAAGGGAUAUUUGCUGCCAGCAGAAACGAGGCAAGCAGUAGAAGAGAAGUACAGGCUUUGCGAUGAGACUCUAUCAAAGUUAUUGGAAUGGAUAGGGAUCGUUGAAGAACGACUGGCCAACCAAGAAGCCGUUAAAGAAGAUGUAGAUGAACUUCGCAAUCAGAUCAACGUACUUAAGCUUAUCAAGGAUGAUCUUGAAAGUCACCAACGUCAAGUAUCCGCUUGCGCAGAUCAGGCGAAGCAGCUCCUAGUUUCGGGUGGAGAUGUACUAGCACCUCAUGAGGUCGCUGCCCUGGAACGUGGAGUUAGAUCUCUCAAACAGCGAUGUGAUAAAUGCACAGAGAAAUGCGACAAAAUGCUUCGACGUCUUGUUGCAGCCAGAGAUGAACUUGGCAAAUUUACUAAUGAAUUGAACACGUUUAACGCAUGGAUGGAAAGUGCGUAUCGCACACUAGAAGACAAAGAAGUAGCAUUGUCUAAAGUGGAGAACCUGAAUGGCCAGAGUGACGAUGUGCGCGAUUUCGUAUCAGACGUCAUCGCGCAUCAAGCUGAUCUUAGAUUCAUCACUAUGGCCGCACAGAAGUUCAUGGAUGAGAGCAAGGAAUUCCUAUCAAUCCUUAACGAGUAUCGUACGACGCUUCCCGCUCGCCUGUCCCACGUGGCAGCACCAGUUGACAGCAUUGUUCGGGAGCACGCCGCGCUCGCCAGAAGACGACACUCCGAUCUGGCGAAUAGAGCCCAGAGACUCCUGGAUAGACUACGAACGGCCACCGAUGGAUCUGCUAGAUACAGAGAGGCCCUGCAGAGAGCACAAAGAUGGUUACAAACGACGGAGCCGCAGGUGCGCGCGGUGGUGGCGGAGGCGGUGGGCGGCGAGCCGCGCGCGGUGGAGGCGCAGCUGGGCCGCGCGCGCGCGCUGCACUCCGACGUGCUGGCGCAGGCGCGCCUCGUGGCCAGCGCCAAGGAUGCUUGCGAUCAGCUAGUAAAAUCUCUGGAAGGCAACCUGACUCCAUCGGAGAUAAGACAACUCGAGGUGCCAGUAAUAGAACUGACGGAUCGCUACAACGAGCUGACCGAUGCGGUCGGUUCGCGGUGCGCGGAGCUGGAGGCCGCCCUGCUGCAGUGCCAGGGCCUGCAGGAUGCGGCCGAGACGCAAGCGCAGUGGCUCACCACUGUCGAAAACAAUUUCAAGGGUCAAAGUAAGGGAGCCUCACUGAUCCGCGAGCGCCUGGACGAGCAGGUCCGCGAGCAGCGACUGGCGCUAUCGGAGCUGGAGGCGCGCCGGCCCACGCUGCACAAGCUGCUGGCCUCCGCACGGGACGCCGCACUCACGCCUUCCAACGCCAGGAUCGCCAAAAAACUGGAGCAACGCGCCGAGGACAUCUAUGCCAGAUACGAGAAAAUACUGGACCGGUCAAUCAAACGCAGCCAGUACCUCGAGGAGGUCUCGAUCGAGCUGCAGCAGUUCUCGCAGCAGGCGGCGGCGCUGGAGUCUGCGCACGCGCAGCUGGCGGAGCUGGCCGACGCGCGCGACGAGCGCACCAGCCUCGCCGACCUCGCACACUCCAGAGACAAACAAAUGCCAUUGCUAGAAGAAUGCCUCAGGAACGGCAAGCAGCUCAUCGCCAAGAAGGAUGUCACCGACACGCACGUCGUACGUGACAGGAUGAAGGCUUUGGAGAACCAAUGGCGUGACUUCAAUGUAUCUCUAGAAGAGAAGCAAAAGUUAUCGAAGCAGAAAGCUGAUCAGCUGAAUCAAUACGAGUCAUUGAGGAUGCAGGUAUUAGAAUGGCUGCAGAGCACGGAGAGUCGCGUUGCCCACCUGCGACCUGUCGCCGUAGACCUGGACGCGCUCAAGCAACAACAAGACGAACUCAGACCAAUCGCAAAGGAGUACAGAGACUUCUCUAUCAACAUCGAUAAGCUGAACGAGUCCGGCGCCGUGUACGAGGCGCUGACGCGCGGGCAGCGCGCCGACAGCCCGCACCGGAAGAGGCAGAUCUACAGUCCCGCCAGGAGGCACACGCCCAGUCGCUCGGAGGGCCGCUCCCCGUCGCCCGGCACCCGUCGCCGCACCAGCCAGGACGCCUUCCAUCUCGACGAAUUAUCGCCCGUUCAACAACAAGUAUCAGAAAUCAACAACAGAUACGAACUCCUCGGAACGAAAUUGACAGACAGACAAACGGACCUAGAUUCGACUAGAGAGGAAGUUAGAAAACAUCUCGAUAGUAUCAGAGCUCUCAACACUUUCCUCGACAAGGUUCAGAGACAAUUACCGCGCGAAUCGGUUCCCAACACCAAGGAGGAUGCUGAUAAAAUCAUGAAGCAAGCGCGAGCUGUGCUCGAGGAGAUGUAUGAGAAGCAGAGCAUUCUGGACUCUACCAAAACACAGGUCCGUGAACUCCUCCGUCGCAAGCAGGCCGUUGAAGGCGCGGAUCGCUUACACGACGAAGCCGAAGAGGUGGCCGCCAGGUGGAAGGCGCUACAUGACGCUUUUAAGGACAAGAUCCGCGCCAUGGAGGAGACGAAGGACUUCCUGGACACGCACGGCAGCCUGAGCCAGUGGCUCGGCGCCAAGGAGCGCAUGAUGGCGGCGCUCGGACCCAUCUCGUCCGACUCGCGCGUCGUGCACACGCAGGUGCAGCAGGUACAAGUCCUACGGGAGGAGUUCCGUAGUCAGCAGCCUCAACUGACUCACCUGGAGGAAGUGGCGCACACGGUGCUCCAACGGCUGCCCGAAAACGACCCGGACGCGAACAAGCUGAGCCAGAAACUGGAGAGCUUGCAGGACCGAUGGCACGACUUGCUGAACAAGCUGGAGCGGCGCGCGGAGAGCCUGGGCGCGGCGGCCGACACGUCGCGCGAGCUGGACGCGGGGCUGGCGCGGCUGCGCGGCGCGCUGCACGCCAUCGCCGACCGCCUGGACGACGUGCCGGCGCAGCGCGAGCCCGCCGACCAGCUGCGCGACCUCGAGAAUCUAGAACGUCAACUGGAAGGACAACGCCCACUGCUCGCAGACCUCGAAGCGGCCGGAGCAGCACUCGCGGACGUACUCGCUGAUCCAGGCGCCAGGCAGGACAUCCAAGGCAAACUUGCAGCCGUAGCCAGGCAAUACGAUGCCUUGCAGAGGAAGUUGGACCACAGGAAAGCGGAAAUCGAAGCCGCUCUAAAGGAUGGACGUAACCUCGAGGAGAGCGUGUCCCGCACGCUGGGCUGGCUGCAGGCGGAGCUGGCAGCGCUGCCGGGCCGCCUGCAGGUGUCUGCUGACAAGAACAAACUGCAGCAGCAGCUGGCCAAGCACGAGCCGCUCUACCGCGACCUCACGCAGAGGGAGCACGAGAUCAUCAUGCUGCUGGACAAGGGUCGUGAAAUGGAGAAGAAGCCAGCCUUCCAAGGCUUACGUAAGGACCUUGACAGGAUCCAGGCCCAGUGGGACAAACUCAAGCGAGAGGCUGUUGAUAGAUACAACAGAUUGCAGACCGCUACGGAACAUUGUCGUAAAUACAACAAAGCGCAGGAGUCAUUCCUGCCUUGGCUCUCCGACACUGAAGAUCGAUUGGCCAAACUACCACCUCUCGCGUUCACCAAGAAGGACGUCGAGAAACAGCUGCGCGAAUUGCAGCAGAUUAGAAACGAUGUUUGGAAGAGAUCCGGAGAGUACGAGAACAAUAAAACACUUGGAGAAACUUUCAUAUCGGCCUGCGACGUGGACCAGGAGACGGUCAGGAAACAGCUUGACAUCAUGAAGGAGAGAUGGGACAGAAUUAACAAUGAGGUGCUGCAGCAGGCCGAGUUCCUGGAGAGCACGGCGCGGCGGCUGGGCGAGUGGGCGGAGCGCGUGCGCGCGGUGGAGGCGCCGCUGGCGCGCUGCGAGGAGCGCCUGCGCACCGCGCUCGCCGGGCCGCCCGCCGCCGCGCGCGACGCCGUGGCGCGCCUCGCCGAGCACGUGCACGCGCUGCGGGCGCCGCUGCAGAGCGUGCACCUGGCGGCGGACGACAUCGUGGCGCUGUCGGAGGAGCUGCGCGGCGCGGAGGCGGGCGCGGCGGCGCGCGCGGCGCUGAGCGACACGGCGCGCGCGCUGGCCGAGCGCCUGCGCGAGCUGGAGCUGCAGACGGACGACGCGCGCGACCGCCUGGCCGGCGCCGCCGCCGCCUACUCGCAGUUCCAGGAGAAAGUCAAAGGCGUGUCCCACGACGUGUCGGACUUGGAGAAGGAGCUCGAGGGCAUGAAGCCACCCGGUAGAGACGUCAAAACCGUCAAGGCGCAGCUGGAUGACCUCGGUCGCUUCUACAAGAAGCUGGAGGGCUUGGAUGAUCUCGUGAUAGACUCGGAGAGAGCGGCCGAGUCGUUGGCGGAUAGCGGCCACGGGGACUCCGAUAAAGCUAGAAAUCAGGUGGAAAAUAUCCGUAAGCAACUCGCCAAGUUGGACGAACGUGCUCGUUCUAAGGAACAAGAUCUGGACGAUACUUUAAGCAAACUGGAAGCGUUCUACAAAGCUUACGACUCUGUAAUGGAUGACGUAGAUGAGGCUUCGGAACAAAUUCGUAGCCUCAAACCAGUUUCGUCAGAAGUGGAACAUAUCCGCUCUCAGCAGAAGGACUUUGCGGACCUCAAACAAAGUACCCUUGAGCCCUUGGGUCAGAAUGUGUCUCAUUGCAACAAGAUAGGGCAGGGUCUCGUGAGGUCGGCCUUGCAGGGUGUGUCUACCCAACAGCUAGAGAAAGAUCUGGAAAAGAUGAACGAUAGGUGGAACGCUUUGAAGGAUAAGAUGAACGAACGCGAACGUCGCCUGGAUGUGGGCUUACUGCAGUCCGGCAAAUUUGCGGAGGCGCUGGCUGGCCUCGAGAAGUGGCUCGCAGACACCGAGGACAUGGUGAACAACCAGAAACCACCCUCUGCGGACUACAAGGUAGUCAAGGCGCAGCUCCAAGAGCAGAAGUUCCUCAAGAAGAUGUUAAUGGAUCGUCAGAACUCCAUGUCGUCUCUGUUUGCGAUGGGCAACGAAGUGGCUGCAGGGUGCGACUCCGCUGAAAGAAAGGCCAUAGAAAAGCAACUCAAAGGCCUCAUGCUGCGCUUCGACAACCUCACUGGUAGCGCCCAGCAGAGGAUGUUAGACCUGGAACAAGCUAUGAAGGUGGCGAAACUCUUCCAAGAACAACUACAACCGCUCGUCGAAUGGCUGGGAACCACAGAACGUAAAGUUAAGGCUUUGGAACUUGUGCCCACUGAUGAGGAGAAAAUACAGCAGAAGAUUAGGGAACACAAGCUUCUGCAUGAUGACAUCAUCACCAAGCAGCCACCAUUCAAGCAGCUGACUGAGACCGCUUCACAGCUGAUGGGAUUGGUGGGAGACGACGAAGCUACCGUCCUCGCUGAUAGACUGCAAGCUGCUACUGAUAGGUACCAAGCCCUUGUCGACCACAGUCUCAACAUCGGUGAACUACUAGAUAACUCCCGCAAGGGACUCAGACACUUGGUACUGACAUACCAAGACUUGUCCGCCUGGAUGGACGGCAUGGAGCAGUACCUGGCCAAGAGGAAGAUCCUGCCAGUUCAUAUGGAGAAGCUCCUGAGGCAGAUGGAUGAACUGGCUGAAAAGACCGAAGAAAUCGCGUCCAAGCAAGAGGCUGUGGACAGCACGGUGGAUUCGGGACUAGAGUUGAUGAAGCACAUCUCUGGUGACGAAGCUCUGCAGCUAAAAGACAAGCUGGAUGCGCUGCAGCGGCGAUACAACGAGCUCACCUCGCGAGGUGCUGACCUACUGCGAGUGGCCUCAGAAACUCUGCCGCUAGUGCAACAGCUCUACAACAGCCAUGCCAAGUUAACCGAUUGGAUGUCAAGUGCGGAGACAUGCUUACAGUCAGUCGAACCACGCGAAGAGGACAUAUUGAGAUUGGAAGCUGAGCUACAAGAAUUUAGACCUGUCCUGGAUAAUAUCAACCUCGUAGGACCACAACUAUGUCAGAUCUCCCCCGGCGAGGGUGCGACGCACGUGGAGGGCGUGGUCACGCGCGACAACCGACGCUUCGACGCCAUCGCGGAGCAGGUGCAGCGCAAGGCCGAGCGCCUGCUGCUCAACAAGAAGCGCUCGCUGGAGGUGGUGGGCGACAUGGAGGAGCUGGUGGAGUGGCUGCGCGCCACGGACGCGCGCCUGCGCGCCGCCGACCCGCCCGCCGCAGACGCGCCCGCGCUGCGCGCGCAACUCGCCGAGCUGCGCCCGCUGGCCGACGACGUCGCGGCGCAGCGCGUGCGCGCCAGGGACCUGCUCAGCCAGGCCAAGAAGGUGCUGCGCGAGUGCCAGUCGAGCGAGGAGGCGGGCGCGGUGCGCGAGCGCAGCGACGAGUUGCGCGAGAUGACGGAGGAGGUGGGCGCGCUGUGCGCCGCGCGCCUCGCCGCGCUCGACCAGGCGCUGCCGCUCGCCGAGCACUUCGCCGACACGCACAACGGUCUAUGCGCGUGGUUGGAUGAGAUGGAGAAGCAGGUCGGUGCGCUGGCGCUGCCCGCGCUGCGCCCCGAUCACAUCGCACAGCAGCAGGAUAAGAACGAGAUGCUGCAACAAUCUAUCGCCGGUCAUAAACCACUGGUCGAUAAGCUCAUAAAGACCGGAGAAGCUUUGUCCAAGUUAUGCGGGGAGGAAGACGCCGCUAAGGUUCAGGACAUCGUGGAGAACGACUGCGAUAGAUACAAUGCGCUCAAAGCUGAGCUCAGACAGAGACAACAGGAAUUGGAACAGGCGCUGCAGGAGUCGGCGGUGUUCGCGGAGCGGCUGGAGGGCAUGGUGCGCGCGCUGGCGGGCGCCGCCGACCAGCUGCAGCGCGCCGAGCCCGUGUCCGCGCACCCGCACAAGAUACAGGACCAGAUCGAAGAAAACAAUGCUCUCAUUGAAGAUCUUGAUAAGAGGCAGGAAGCCUACCGCGCGGUACAACGAGCUGCUAGUGACGUAAUGGCCAAAGCCAACAAGAGCGACCCGGCCGUACGAGAUAUCCGCAACAAACUGGAUAAACUCACCAAACUAUGGGCCGAAGUACAAAAGGCUUCAGGCGAGCGCGGCCAAUCGCUCGACAGCGCGCUGGAGAUGGCUCGCAAGUUCUGGGAACAGCUGGACACAGUGAUGGCCGCAUUAGGAGAACUGGCCGACGCGCUGGCAGCGCAACCGCCGCCAGCAGCGCAACCUCUCGCCAUACAGGCGCAACAAGUCGCUCUUCAGGAGAUUCGACACGAGAUUGACCAUACCAAGCCAGAGGUGGAAAAGGUGCGGAAAACUGGUUCAACCCUGAUGUCAAUAUGUGGAGAACCUGACAAACCGGAAGUCAAGAAGCACAUGGAGGAUCUGGAUAGUGCGUGGGACAACAUCACUGCGCUCUAUGCCAGGAGGGAGGAGAACCUCAUCGAUGCUAUGGAAAAGGCUAUGGAAUUCCAUGAUACCUUACAGAAUCUACAAGAAUUCCUCGACAAGGCUGAGGAGCGAUUCUCCCGCAUGGGUCCGCUGGGAUCCGACAUCGACGCCGUCAAGCGCCAGAUCGCGCAACUCGCUUCCUUCAAACAGGAGGUUGACCCACACAUGGUCAAAGUUGAGGCUCUUAACAGACAAGCAGCGGAGCUGACGGAGCGCACGUCGUCGGAGCAGGCGUCUGCCAUCAAGCAGCCGCUGGGCGAGGUGAACACGCGCUGGGCGGCGCUGCUGCGCGGCAUGGUGGAGCGCCAGCAGCAGCUGGAGCGGGCGCUGCUGCGCCUGGGGCAGCUGCAGCACGCGCUGCGGGACACGCUCGCCUGGAUACAGCACACCAGCGACACGCUCGACACGCUUAAACCGGUGGCGGGCGACCCUCAGAUCCUGGAGGUGGAGCUGGCCAAGCUGAAGGUGCUAGUGAAUGACAUCGCAGCCCACCAGCCCAGCGUGGAUUCGCUCAACGAGGCGGGAGCACAACUCGUGCAGCAGGGUACGGAAUCCGACGAAGCGGGUGAAACUGCAGAGAAACUGGCAACACUGAACAGAAAAUGGCGCGAAUUACAACAGAAGGCAAGAGAUCGCCAGGCGGAAUUGGAGGACGCUUUGCGAGAAGCUCAGAGCUUCAACGCAGAGAUCGGGGAUCUAUUAUCCUGGCUGUCGGAAGUAGACAGCGUGAUCGCUGCCUCUAAACCCGUAGGUGGUCUGCCUGAAACUGCUACUGAACAACUCGAGCGGUUUAUGGAGGUAUACAAUGAGAUAGAAGCAAACCGACCCAAGGUCGAUGCAGUUCUGCAACAAGGCCAAGAGUACAUCAAACGGCAAGCCAAGCCAAACCCAACAUCACAGCUGCAUCUCAACCUGACCAACCUCAAGUCUAGAUGGGAUAAUGUUACCUCUAGAGCAUCAGACAAGAAGAUCAAACUGGAGAUCGCCCUCAAGGAAGCGACGGAGUUCCACGACGCUCUACAGGCGUUCGUGGAUUGGUUGACCAGCGCCGAGAAGAAUUUAACUUCCGCCAAACCCGUCUCCCGCGUGAUGGAGACGUUGCUGAGCCAGGUGGAGGAGCACAAGGCGUUCCAGAAGGAGGUGUCGUCGCACCGCGAGAGCAUGCUGCAGCUGGACAAGAAGGGCACGCACCUGAAGUACUUCAGCCAGAAGCAGGACGUGAUCCUCAUCAAGAACCUGCUGGUGUCCGUGCAGCACCGCUGGGAGCGCGUGGUGGCGCGCGCCGCCGAGCGCACGCGCGCGCUCGACCACGCGCUCAAGGAGGCGCGCGACUUCCACGACGCCUGGACAAACUUGAUGAGCUGGCUGAGCGAAACCGAACAGCAGUUGGACCAACUCAACUCCGAGACGACCGUCAACGAUCCCGAAAAGAUUAAACUCAGACUCAAUAAACAUCGCGAGUUCCAAAAGGCUCUAGCGGCCAAACAGCCUGUCUACGACCAGACGAGCAAGACUGGCAAGCAGCUCAAGGACAAGGCGCCCAAGACGGACGAACCCGUACUGCGUAAUAUGUUGUCCGACUUAAAGACCAAGUGGACGACUGUGUGCUCUAAAGCAGUGGACAGACAGCGGCGGCUGGAGGAGGCGCUGCUGUACUCGGGGCAGUUCGUGGAGGCGAUGUGCGCGCUGCUGGAGUGGCUGCAGCGCGUGCGCGCGCAGCUGGCCGGCGACGCGCCCGUGCACGGCGACCUGGACACCGUCAUGGCGCUCAUCGAGCAGCACAAGCAAUUCGAAGAAGACCUACACUCUCGCGAGCAGCAAAUGCAAUCCGUCCUGAAGACCGGCCGAGAUCUCGAAGCUACAGUUCCACUAGAAGAUGCUUCCAAUAUCAAACAACAGUGCAAUGAACUGAAGCAAGCGUGGGACGCCGUACAAAGCCUUAGCGAAACGAAGGCGAGCAAGCUAGAAGGAGCGCUGAAAGAGGCUGAGCGUCUCCACAAAUCCGUGAACAUGCUGCUCGAAUGGCUCUCCGACGCGGAGACCAAGCUGCGCUUCUCGGGCCAGCUGCCAGAAGGCGAGCAGGAGACCCAGCAACAGCUUCUCGAUCACGAACGAUUCGCACGCGAGCUCGCAGACAAGCAGCGGGACAAGGACGACACCAUAGCGCUCGCUCACGCCAUCCUCGCCAAGGCUCAUCCCGACGCGGUGACGGUCAUCAAGCACUGGAUAACGAUCAUACAGAGUCGAUGGGACGAGGUAUGGCAAUGGGCUAUGCAACGCGGUAGCAAACUAGAGACACAUCUGCAGAGCUUGAAGGACCUCGAUCUCGUUCUGGAAGAGCUACUGCAAUGGCUCUGCGGACUUGAGACUACCCUUAUAGCUUUGGAAGCUGAACCUCUGCCCGAAUCGAUUGAAUUACUGGAAGGCCAGAUUGAAGACCACAAAGACUUGAUGGAACACACGCAGAAGCGCCAGAACGAAGUCGACAGAGUCUGCAAAGCUUACCAAGUCAAGAGCCAAAGUCAAGGUCGUGAUUCAACACCGCGUAAAGUUUCAGCUAAAACAGCGAUUAAAGGAACGCCCAGUCGCGGCUCGCAACACGACCUUCAUAGAGAGAGAUCAGUAUCGCCAGAUUAUUAUGGCAGUAGGCGUUACAGGUCCAGGAUACACAGUCGAAGUAGGCGAGGAAGUCGCCUGAGUCCCGGACGUGACUCUCCUGACCGCAACCUGCCGCAUUACGGACCGAGGUUCCCGCCUAAAGGAAGCAAAGGCGCAGAACCGGAGUUCAGGUCUCCUCGUGUGAAACAACUCUGGGACAAAUGGCGCACUGUGUGGCUUCUCGCGUGGGAGAGACAGAGAAGACUGCACGAGCGUCUCGCUCAUUUGCGCGAACUUCAGCGCGUAUCCAACUUCAGCUGGGACGAUUGGAGAAAGAGGUUCCUGAAGUUCAUGAACCACAAGAAGUCCCGUCUCACGGAUCUAUUCCGCAAGAUGGACAAGGACAACAACGGCUUUAUUCAGCGAAACGAAUUCAUCGACGGAAUCAUCAACACCAAAUUCGAUACAUCUCGCCUUGAAAUGGGUGCUGUAGCCGACCUGUUCGACAGAAAUGGAAGCGGCCUCAUCGACUGGGAGGAAUUCAUCGCCGCUCUCAGACCUGACUGGGUUGAAAGACGCGGUCCACCCACCGACGCAGAUAAGAUCCACGAUGAAGUGAAACGGCUCGUGAUGCUGUGUACUUGCAGACAGAAAUUCAGGGUAUUCCAAGUCGGAGAGGGCAAAUACAGGUUCGGCGACUCCCAGAAACUCCGCCUGGUGCGCAUCCUACGUUCUACCGUGAUGGUGCGCGUGGGAGGUGGUUGGGUCGCGCUCGACGAGUUCCUCGUCAAGAACGAUCCUUGCCGAGCGGAGGAGUUUAUGGAGCAGCUGAAACCAAUAUUUGAGGCUCUCCGGCAACGAGAAGAGCUUCCAUGUUCGUACCCACUACACGUGGGUUCGACACAUGGCACUAAGCAAGCUUUUAUAUACGGCCACUCAAGAUCUCAAGGUUCAACAACGCCUGGCGCCCAUCACUAUACGCACCAUCAUGGAUAUCAGCCUUCUCCUGGAUAUCACUGGGUAAGAGAGCGAACAGCUCGCUCAGUGCCAAUGUCCGCUGGUGGAGCUGCAGGUCGAGCCUCAAGGUCUUCUCUAAGCGCUGGAACGCCUGAUUCGCUUAGUGAUAAUGAAGCUGCCAGUGGUCUUGGCCAGAGAUAUAGGAAACCUAGUGUACCAAGGUCAACGCUUACUCCCGGAGGUUCAAGACCAGGUUCCAGACCAGGAUCUAGGGCAGGAUCAAAACCACCAUCAAGACAUGGAUCUAAUUUGUCUCUAGAUAGUACAGAUGAAGUUCUUACACCGUCACGUAUACCAAUGCGCAAGGUAACAAACACCCGCACCUCUACAGCACGCGCUGCGGCCAAUGCCGCUAAAUUAGGAGUCAGUACUCCCAACGGUGGAUCUCGACCGAGAACUCCUACUGGUCUAUUAACGCCAGCCAGUGGAAGGUAUCCUAGUGGAGGGAUUUACCGCACAUCCAGUAUACCGACACUGUCACCCGUGCCGGCGUUAGUAAGUUCGACACAUUCCCAGCCAUCCUCAAUGGCUUCCGAGCAUCCUAAAUCUUUAUCCCAUACUCAUCCUGCAUUCCAAACUCAGGGCUCUACGAAAAUACCCGUGUACGUCGGAAACCGAUCGCAACGAACGCCAUCUGUUGAACGACGGUCCAAAAUGUCCCGAAAAUCCCACUCACGAGAAACUUCACAAGAUCCUAGUCCUAUUUCCAAUGAUCCUAAAUCUGACCAAAGGAGUCCCGAAGAUGAUUCCUCACUGUUCAGCAUAUCGGGAAUGACAAGUGACAAUGAAUAUGAGAGUAAUAUAAGCGAGUCGAGCGGCGACGCUUCAAAGCCGACCCAACGAGACAUCAAAGGGAGUGGGUCGUUUGCCUCUACGGAUGGACAAACGCCCAGCAGGAGUCGCAUACCGGUGCCUAAGGAGACUAACCAUAAUUCUAGGCAAAGAACGCCAUCGGGAAGCACAACGCCCGUGAGGCCCGGCCAACAAACUGCGGCGUCGCGGCUCGUACGGCGCCCCUCGGACGCGACCGACGGCGGCGCGCCCGCCACGCCGCUCUCUCGGCGAGCGACGCCGGCAUCCUCGAGGACCACGGAUAAACGCGAACCUUUCCGACUAUAGAUGAACAAAAUAUUAUAUCGAUAUCAUUCCCGCCAAAAUACCGCCAUAUUGAACAUUAUCCAGUUUAACGUGGCGGUCUUUUGUCAAGUGUUAUUUAUGCGUAAAGUUGCAAGCCGCUUUGACUUAUCGUCGAUGUAAUCCAAUGCCGUUUUGCAAAAUUGUAUUUUUUAUUUUUAAGCUAGUGUUAAAAUGUAACAUGCGCAAAGAUCUGACAAAGCGCCUUGUACCAUUACGGUUUCGAACGCCGAUGAAACAAUUAUAUAACUAACAAUAAAUUAACCUAUUCGCAAACUGGGCCAAGCUUGUUAAAAAAAAAUGCGAAUUUGGCUUUUAAUUAGUGACAACUAUAGCGUAGUAAAACAUAAAGUCUGCACUCGUUGCCUUGUAUACUUAUUUUCUAUGAUCCCUGCCACUUUAUAAAUUGAAUUUGUUGUGCUAUCAGUAUUUUUAAAAUUUCGAUAAUUUCCUUUUUUUUUUCCAUGUGAAUAUUUCUUUCUUAUUUAUUGUCAAAGUUGCCAUAAUUGUUAGUGUUAUAUACGUAUUAGUCUCUAUUGGAGACGGGAAAGUGUGAUUUUGUAUUUUUUCCUUUAGGGACCAUUUUGUUUACGGAAUACCGAUUCGUAGGCAAUUACCGGUAACGGCUUUCGCUAAGUUACUUGGGCUUAUAGUAACGCCAAACUAUUCGUCUCAACAGAGCCAGGGUAAAGUUGUUUCCGUUGAUUAUUUAAGGUGAUAAUAGAUUUACGUGGUUCAUUUGUAAUGCACAAUCAUUUAUCUUAUUUCGUUCGGUAUUUAUUCGAAUUUCAUAUAGGAAUAUAUACUAAAUAAUUAUUAGAAAUCGUCACGAUUUACAUUAUGUAUAUGGUUAUUUAUACACUGUUAUUGCACAAUACAUUUAUUGUGAUUGUAAAGAAAAGUUCGCACUGGACUGGUAAACAUAUGUCGUUUCCUUCCGACUUACGCCAGAGUCGUUUGGUAAUAGAAGCGUAUUUUUACCAGACAUUGUUCACGAUAAGAAAUUCCAUAGCUGACUUUUUAUUUUAGUAAAUAAUUAAAGUACACUUUGUCCACACAAAAGACAUUUACUUAAUGAAGCUAUAUUAAGAAUACUUUUUAUAUAUGAAAAAAAAAAACGCUUUAAAAUGUAACCUUCUCUAAAAAUGUUAACCAACACUCACAUUAACUUGUUAAUUUUAUUAUAAAUCUGACUCUAAGAAUAAGCCUUACUAUUAGAAAUAUUGUAAAACUAUUAAUCUGGUCAUUUUUAUUUAAAUCAUUGUUGUAUUUGUUAAAUAUAAAUCAAAGCAAAUCUACUAAAAGCUUGCAAUAUUUUUUUUGUAUAAAGUAUUGAUUCUGAAGAGCUACAGUUUUUAAAAUCUCAAUUGAUUUCAAAAUAAAAAGUAACAAAUA